AACCGCAUUAAAAAUAAACCAUCCAUGAGCUUCAUUCUCAAAGUAUUCUCCAUUCCUUGCGCUGCGCCCAACAUCGACCACUCAAUCUCAUAUUCAUUCUCUCUCUCUCUCCCCCCCCCAUCAUUAUUGAUUCUCCUCUCUCAUCCCUCUCCCUCUCUCCCCGCGCAGCCUUUUGGUUCCGAUGGGCAGGACUCCGUACAACUCUCCACCGGAGUCCGCACUUCCGAUCAAAGUCCAACCCCGCGAGAGUCCCUAUCCUGUGCCCCACCCUCACGGCCAGUACCAUGGCUAUCCUCCGCCUCUGCCGCCGCAGCACCUCCCCCCGCCGCGUUACUACGCCCCCAAGAGAUGGUUCCCGUGGCUGAUGCCCACCUUCAUUGUCGCCAACAUUGUCAUCUUUGUCAUCUCAAUGUACAUCAAUGACUGCCCCGCUCGCUUCCGCAACUGCACCGGCACCUCCGUCCUCGGCCGGUUUGCGUUCCAGAGCACCCACGAGAAUCCGCUGCUUGGCCCCUCUGCUUCCACGCUUCUUUCACUUGGGGCUAUGGAUGUACAAAAAGUGGUGCAACAGCACGAGAUCUGGCGACUGGUAUCUUGUAUGUGGUUACAUGCCGGAGCAUUUCAUGUUUUCGCCAAUAUGUUUAGUCUUCUAUUUGUUGGCAUUCGACUUGAGCAGGAGUUUGGAUUCUUGCGGAUAGGUUUGCUCUAUCUUAUAUCUGGAGUUGGCGGGAGUUUGAUAUCGUCUUUGUUUGUACGCGACACCAUUUCUGUCGGUGCCUCUGGUGCAUUAUUUGGUUUGCUUGGUGCUAUGCUUUCCGAACUCUUUGCUAAUUGGACAAUAUAUGAGAAUAAGUGUGAAUCAUUGUUGAGUCUUCUCAUCAUCAUUCUAAUUAAUAUGGCCCUUGGAAUCCUUCCUCAUGUGGACAACUUUGCUCAUCUCGGAGGAUUUUUCACCGGAUUCCUACUAGGGUUUGUGCUUUUGCUUCGCCCUCAAUUUGCAUGGUUCAAUGCUCGAAAUUCUCCUCCUGGUUACGUCACAAAGCCCAAACCCAAGUACAAAGCAUAUCAGUGUAUCUUGUUGAUUAUUUCUAUGAUCAUUUUGGUAACCGGAUUUACAAUUGGACUGGUUUUACUGAUGAGUGGGAUUGACGGAAACAAAUAUUGUCAUUGGUGUCACUACCUCAAAUGUGUCCCUACACCACUAUGGACUUGCGAUGCCAAAUGCUCUUCGCACCAAUAUGAGAAUCAAUUAAAUUUGAAGUGCUUGACAAACCAAAAAACCAGGUCCUACAUAUUGGAGAAUAGCAACAACUCCACGAUGAUUCAAAAGCUAUGUGCUGAUCUUUGUCUCGAAUAGUUUUUUAGAUCAUAAUUCUAUUUCAAAAAAAAAAAAGAAUUUAUUUAUUUCUUUUUUUAAAUUUAUUACUGG